GUAGGAUUACCAAGAAAAGUAGCUGAACUGCACUGAAGGCAAAACUUUUCGGUGUUGGAAAAUUCAGAAUUGUUAUGAUCGGAUUUGUUAAUGAAAUCAAAGUCUAUUUGAAACUUCAGGAUGAUCUCACGAAGCAAACUUGUAAUUGGAGGGUUGAAAAAAGUUCUAAGUUUCAAACAAUUCCAGCGUCAUUCAAGUCAGAGGAAAUAUUCUGUUGCGAGGAUUGAAACACAUCCAAUAUUUAAUUACCCGUCAUACAUUAGGACACUUCCAAACAACCAAGAUGACACAAGCAAUGGAAUCCAACAAGAUGACACCUGUAAAGACUUUUAUAUGACAAUAGUUAAUGAAGAUUUGAAAUCAGCAUACAAUAAAUAUGGUCCCAGUUUAUGUGCAGAAAAGAUGGAUUCGGAAGAGAGAGUGACAGAAAAAUCUGUUUUGAUUGUUGGAGCUGGCUUGUCUGGGCUUUCGGCAGCUUUUGAAUUGGAAAAAGUUGGAUACAAUACACAGAUACUUGAGCUACAACACAGGGUUGGUGGCAGAACACAAACUCUUCGUAGUGGAUUUUCUGAUGGUUUACAUGCUGAAGGUGGUGCAAUGAGAAUUCCUCCGAAUCAUUACCUGACCAAUGGAUAUAUUGAGAAAUUUUGCAUUCUAUCACGACCAUUCUGUAACUACAAUGAUAAAACCUGGAUACUUAUCGAUGGACAUGAUAAAAUAAGAACAAAAGAAUGGGAAGACAAAAAUGGAUUCUUUUCUACAAAAUAUUUUACUGGAUGGGACUCAAACCUACAAGCUGAUAUAUGUCCUAGCGUGGACGGAAUACUUGAUUUAUAUAAGCGCACAAUGCAACCAGUGAAGGACGAACUGAAUUUAUCAAUUACUAUAAAUGGGCCGAAAGAGGGAUGGAAUAAAUGGGUUGAAAAAUGGAGCAAACUUUCUGUUAAUGAAUUCCUGAGAACAAAUAUUAACUGUGACCCAAAUCUAAAGUACUCUUACCGUCCAUGGCCGGAAGCAGCUAUCAGAGGAUUGCAGGUCGCAACAUACAGUCCUGUGUUUGAAACUAGCUUAGUUGAACAUCUAAGAGAUGAAUUAGGCGGAUGGUGGAUUAACGAUUUGCAAACUCCAGUUGAUGGCAUAGAUACAAUUGCCAAGAAUUUUAUUAAACCUUACAUUGAACCAAAAAAGAAAACUAUUGAUUUAUCAAGAAAUAUAACCUUUGGUUCGAAAGUGCGAACUGUUAAAAAAACGGGUAACAAGGUUGAAGUUAUUGCGCGAAAUGUUAUAACAGGCACAGACCGAACGUACACAGCAGAUGCCGUUAUCAUGACGGUCCCAUUGACUAUUCUACGGCAGAUAGAAGGUGAUAUUCCAGACGAUCAAUGCAAAGUAUUAAGAAACAUUCAUUAUCGAGCCUCGACUAAAGUGAUUCUCCAAUGCAAAAGCAGAUUCUGGGAAAAGGAUGUUGGUCAAGGUGGAUUCUCAAAAACGAAUCUACCAAUUGGUCAGCUACACUAUCCUAGUCCAAAUGACCCGCCUCCACCAAACAAAAGAGGGCUCUUGGUUGUCUAUGCUUGGGGACAAGACGCCCUAAUAUUCGGUUCUCAGCCACACGCAGAAGCAAUUGAUAGCGCAGUUCGAGAAAUCACAAAAAUUCAUCCUGAGAUGGAGAGCGAGUUUGAAGUAGGAAUGGUUCAGGCUUGGUUCAGCGAUAAUUCUGCACAAGGAGCACACUCCUGUCUCCAACCAUAUCAGUACAUCGAUGGAAUGAAAACUUUGAUGAAACCAGAACAUCCAGUUUAUCUUGCUGGAGAAGCAAUUUCGUACUCCAAUGGAUGGAUACAAGGAGCUAUUGAAUCUGGCCUUAAUGCCGCUUAUCAUUUGUACACUCAUGAUCAAAAAUGAUAAGUGUGUAACAUCAGAACUUUACACGUUUUAAUACUAAAUUGACAAACAGAACAUUAACGUAAACAAGAUAUCAUUGUAACCAAAUGUCUUUUACUACAGUUUUGAACUUCUGUUA